AUGUCGUACUUUGGGCUGGAUUAGAAGCAUUUGAUGAACAUUUAGAACAGACCCAUCAUCAAUACUUACCCAAUCGAUGCCGACACUGUUCAACAGAUGUCUGAUAAACAGGCCCAGCAGGACGCUCUUCGUGCUCAGCGAGCAUACGAGGCCUACGAAAGAGACUGGCGAAGGAAAGAGAAGGAGAUUGCGGAAAAGCACGCUGCUCAGGAGCAAGAACUGAAGGCCGAGCGAGCCAAGCAGCAACAGGCACGCGAACAUGCCAUCGCAGUAGAGGCACAAAAGAUGAGGGAGGAGUUUUACGAGAAUCUCAGUCGCCAGAAAGAAAUCGAGUCCAAGCUCCAUCUCGAAGACGUGAAGCGUGCUGAGCGCAACAAGCAGUAUUCGCUUGAAGUCAAGGCCCAAAUCAAAGAGAAGGAAGAGGCACGCCGCCGAGAACGUGUCGAUUUCUUCAUGGAGGGUGUGCGCCAAGCACAGGAAAGGACCGAGAAGAAGAAGAAAAUCGAUCAGAUCAAGGAGCGAAAGAUUCAGGAACUGCGGGGUCUGGGGGUGCCGGAAAAGUACUGCAAGGAAAUUGAGCGUAAGGUUCACAUGUCCAACAACCUCAAGAUCACGGGUCCUUGAGCCUAAGAAUGCGCAUAGUCGGGAUCUGUGGGGCAAAUGAAUAGUUCAAGCUGACCCGGACAGCAGGCAAUGGCAAGCACCUCCCUGCAUUUCCAAGACAAUCAGUGAAGUGCCAUGGAUAUUCAACCUUGUGGAAGAGCUGCCAAACUUAUUGAAUAAUAAAGAGUGAAUG